GGCGGGGCAUCGCUGCCCUAGCCCCGCCCCCGCGGAGGCGGUCGCGCCGGGGGUGUGUCCUGGGCGGGGCCGCGGCCCGCCCCGCCCGGUGGCGCCGCGGUGACCAGCGCCGGGAGGGCUCGGCCCCGGGAUGCCACACCCAACCCAGCUGUACCAGGACGUGCCCGAGUCGUGCUGGCCCAUCGUGUACUCCCCGCGUUACAACAUCACCUUCCUGGGCCUGGAGAAGCUGCACCCUUUCGACGCAGGAAAAUGGGGCAAAGUGAUCUGCUUCCUGAAAGAAGAGAAGCUGCUCUCGGACAACAUGCUGGUGGAGGCCCGAGAGGCCUCGGACGGGGACCUGCUGGUGGUGCACACGAGACGCUACCUCAAUGAGCUGAAGUGGUCCUUCGCCGUCGCCACCAUCACGGAAAUCCCCCCGGUGCUCUUCCUCCCCAACUUCCUGGUGCAGAGGAAGGUGCUGCGGCCCCUCCGCACGCAGACUGGAGGGACCAUCAUGGCAGGGAAGCUGGCCGUGGAGCGAGGCUGGGCCAUCAAUGUCGGGGGCGGCUUUCACCACUGCUCCAGCGACCGGGGAGGGGGCUUCUGUGCCUACGCGGACAUCACACUGGCCAUCAAGUUCCUGUUUGAGCGUGUGGAGGGCAUCUCCAGAGCCACCAUUGUCGACCUCGAUGCCCACCAGGGCAACGGGCACGAGCGGGACUUCAUGGGCGACAAGCGCGUGUACAUCAUGGACGUCUACAACCGCCACAUCUACCCCGGCGACAGCUUCGCCAAGCAGGCCAUCCAGAGGAAGGUGGAGCUGGAGUGGGGCACGGAGGACGAGGAGUACCUGCGGCGGGUGGAGAGUAACCUGCAGAGGGCGCUGCAGGAGUCUGCGCCCGACGUGGUGGUGUACAACGCGGGCACCGAUGUCCUGGAGGGCGACCGGCUCGGGGGGCUGGCCAUCAGCCCGCAGGGCGUGGUGAAGCGGGACGAGCUGGUGUUCAGGGUGGUCCGCGGGCAGCAGGUGCCCAUCCUCAUGGUGACGUCGGGCGGGUACCAGAAGUGCACGGCCCGCAUCAUCGCCGACUCCAUCCUCAACCUGCACAGCCUGGGGCUCAUUGGGCCCGAGUCCCAGAGCCUAUCCCCGCAGAGCUCCGACACCCCCCUGCUGCCCCCCCAGACGCCCUGAGCCUGCCGGACUGCUGGCACCUCCCCUGCCCGCCUCUCUCCCUGCAGCGCGUGGGGCCUGGGGGAGCCCAGGGGGGCCCGCCCCCUGCCUUGGAGCCACCGCCCCCAGAGGGCUGGUUCUGUCCCCUGUGCGGGAUGCAGAGUCCCAGCCAUCCCGGUCCAGAAGCCCCUCAUGGAGCCCUGGACCUGCCCAGGCCCGGCGGAGGGAGGGCAGACCCGGGUCCGAGCGGCAGGGAGGCCUGCGGGGUUCUGGCUCGCCCGGAAGGUAGAGAAGUGAAGGUAGAGCCCCCGGCUCCAGCUCCCAGGGUCCUCAGGGAGGACGCGGGCUGGGCGGCAGUGCUGCACCCUGGCCAGCAGGGGGAGCCCCGGGCCUGGAUGUGAGGGCGGCCCCUCAGUAAUAAUUAACCUGAGGUCCGCCGGGGUCCCAGGUGGUGAGAAGGGAGGAAGGCCAGCAGUGGUCUCCCCGAUUUUGGAAGAAGGUGGGGGGCAGGAGGCCCAACUGGAGGGGCCCAGUGAGGUGCCCAGGGGCCCUCUGACCCCUGGGGAGAGGGCAGGGGAAGGCAGGCCAGUGGGGGAGACGGGUGCCCUGCAGGACCCACCCACAGCGGGGUCAGGUGGGGUCCUCCGAGCAGAGACCCCCACCCUGGCGAGGCUGGCAGCCCAGGGACGGGCGGGGUGCAGCCGCCACUGACUCAGUCCACCCUGCCCCGGUGCCUGUCAUGUCCAGGGCCCCGGUGGUUCUGACCUUCAACAGACCCAGACAGUGACCCUGUCAUCAGCUCUGUUCUGAAGGGGACAUUCAGGGACACUGUGAGGCUGGGCAGAGGGGGUGUCCACCCCUGCGUUGCCCAGAGGCGUUGUAGGACAGUGGCUGGUGGCAGGGACAGGUGGGCGUUACUCUGUGCUCCACUUCUCGGACCACCCCCACGGGGGGCGCCGCCUCCUCCCCCCAGGCUCUGGACGGUCGGCUGGACAGGGGCUCUAGGAGGGCUCUGAGCUGGGCCCUGACCAUGCCUCGGACCCCGCAUCUCCGGGGCCCCGUGAGCAUCUGUGCGAUUCUGGUCAGUGCCACUGUCCUGGGAGAAGCUUCAGGCCCGCCUGAGGACGAAGGAAAUAAACGUUUUUAUCGGCA